CACAAUUUCUCUUCUUAAAAGCAUAUUUUAAACCUACCCCUAACCUACCCCUAACCUUAACCACACUGCUUACCUUAAUGCAUAACCCAAAACCUCAGAUGAAGUCAAAAAAGCACAUUUUUUUGUUUUGUAGCCAAAUGUUGUCUUUGUGGCUGUGGAAUGUGACUUGGUGGCUGUGUUAUUUAGUGGAACCACUUCUUCCUUCACUGAAGACGGCGACGUGACCAGCGCAGGCCGCGUUAUGACUCCGUGACGCCCCCUGGUGUUCAGUACAGAGAAACGCCGUCAGCUGCAGAACAGGAUGACGUAGCAAACAACAGGAAACGCCCACUUCGGUUACCGCACGUGUCAAUAAUGUUUGGUAACAAAGUGUCCCCCAUGCGAGGCGCGCGGAAGUCAAUUAACGGGAAUCGUUCACCGGUGAGCAGAGUUAACACUUUCAAGUUUCGCAGCUGAAAUUUGACGCAGAACCGAAACGUUUCUUGUCUGUGUUUGAGGAGCGUGUGGUAAAGAUGGAGUGGAGAGAACAGACCAGUGUGACCUGUGAAGAUGCCUUCACCGAGGCUCAACGCUGGAUGGAGGAAGUGACAAAUAAAUCAUUCGGGAGUAACAACUUCCGCUCCGCUCUGGAGAAUGGAGUCCUGCUCUGCCAUCUAAUCAACCAGCUGAAACCAGGUGUUAUUAAGAGAAUGAACAUACUGUCUACUCCAAUGGCCGGACUGGACAAUGUGAAUGUGUUCCUGAGAGCGUGUGGUACAUUGGGUCUACACGAGGCUCAGCUGUUUCACCCUGGAGACCUGCAAGACCUGUCCACACGCGCUACACUCAGGUGUGUAGAGGGCAAAAGGAGGCUGAAAAACGUUUUAAUCACCAUCUACUGGCUGGGUCGGAAGGCUCUGGCGGACCCGUUAUACUCUGGCCCUCAACUCAACCUCAAAUCAUUCGAGGGACUACUGGGUAUCGCUCUGUCCAAGGCUCUAGAAGAAACCCCCAGAGGCAGUGUGAAGGACGGUGACGUGAGCUACCCAGAGCAGGAUGAUGAACUGUUACCUCUAACCCAGUCCCAGCCACCAGGCUACAGCAGAGAGGACUCGGUAGAGAGCUUUAAAUCGGUCCUGAGCUUUGACUCGGCCGAGUCGCCACGGACCCUCAGCUAUAUCUCUGACUCCAUCCUGAGGGCCGGCAGCGAGGACUCCAGCAGUGAAGUGGAGGCAGAGAGCUGUUUUAGGAUGAAGGCGGCAGAGGGCAGAGACUCGGGACAGAGGAACUGGGGCAGUGUACCUGCACCCUUCCAGAGGAAGAAAUGGGUGGAGAAGCCAAUUAAGGGCUGCAUCCCCAGCCCUCUCACCAGAGACUUGGAGGUAAACCCAGGAUGGAUAUGGAGCAAGUCGUUGAAUGACAUCAGACGGUACCCGUCGGCCACGCAAGUGGUGCGCCAGGUUUCUGAGGGUGGCUUCGAGGAGCUAAGCCCCAGCGCCGUGAGCCAGGACCAGCUGCAGACGGUCAGAGCCCGGGUCCACGAGAGUGAGGCCAAGUGGCACAACGACCUGACCAAGUGGAAGCUCCGGCGUCACAGGUCAAACUGUGACCUGCGGAGGAAGAUGCAGGAGAGGGACAACGCAGGGGUCGGGACAUGCAGGAGCCUACAAGAGGACAGGGAAGAGGAUGAGGAGUCCCUAUGCAGCAGUAGCUACAACGAGGUCUCUCCCUCCACCUCGGUCAUGGAAGGUUCCCUGGAGCUCCGAGCCCACACCAGAGACCCUGCCUCGGUCAAGGAGGGUUCCCUAGAGCUCCGAGCCCAAACCAGAGCCUCGACCUCGGUCAAGGAGGGUUCCCUGGAGCUCCGAGCCCCCACCUCGGUCAAGGAGGGUUCCCUGGAGCUCCGAGCCCACACCUCGGUCAAGGAGGGUUCCCUGGAGCUCCGAGCCCAAACCAGAGCCCCACCUCGGUCAAGGAGGGUUCCCUGGAGCUCCGAGCCCCCACCAGAGCCCCGCUGGCCCUCAGCUCCUCCGUGGAGUCCCCCUACAGCGCCGGAGCCUCGGAACCCUUCACCACCCCCACUGACCCUCCAGGCCCAGGGACCCUCGGCCGGAGCUGUGCCCCAAUCGGAGCCCCUCGUCCUGGGGGAGAGGCGUCGUCACACACCGGUGGAGCCAGACGGAGCUGGAGGUUUAGCCACUUUCCCCGACUCUGCCUCUCCCUUCUCCUCCCAGACCCGUGCCCAGAGCAUCUCUAGCCCAGCUCUCGUGGUCUCCACUGGACGAGACCAGAUCAUCUCUAGCCCAGCUCUCGUGGUCUCCACUGGACGAGACCAGAUCAUCUCUAGCCCAGCUCUCGUUGUCUCCACUGGACGAGACCAGAUCUCCACGACCCUCACUGGAUCUGGUUCAAACCUAACCAGCGGUACCAGCUCCUCCCACAGCCUCUCUGCCUCCAUGGACAUCCCAGGCCAAGCUCUCCUCUCUACUGUACAGUCCCUGACCUCUGUGGCCCCGGCCCCGGGUCACGUCUCAGCUCCCCAGCGGCAGGAGCUCCAUCUCUACAGGUACAGCUCCAGGGCUCCGGGAGGAAGAGGAGGGACUGGGGUGUCUGCCUCUCUCCCCAGGGGAUACUGCCGGUCUGAGGGCUCUUCGUCCUGCCUCUCUGCCGGCUUCACCCCCCGGCCGUUUGGAGCCAAGUCUUCCAGAGUGUCCUCGCUACCCAGGCUCUACAACUUGGAGAACUCUCUGCAGAACGGAAAUGGUUCUCUGACCUCCACCAAGACACGCCCCCAGAAAAUGGUCACUAUCUCGGAGGUCGCUGUCGCGGCUCAGCCCUGGGCCACGGCCAAUCGGAGCGGCGUGAACCAGGAAGUAAAUGAGGAGAGUGGGAAUCAGACCCAGCUUUCUAUCCUGAAGACCAGAGGUGGUCCUGGACCUGCCACCUGCCCCAAACCCAGCCUGAAAGGACCUUUUGCCCCUUCUCUCCUGCCCAGCCUCCCUGUCCCUGUCUCAGGCAGACAGAACGCCUCUGCCCAGGUACGUCACGGUGACAGAGUGAGUCUUACCUUGAAGCUUACCAGUCGACCACACUUUGGUUUCAACACUCACUGGGACUCGACAGGAGCGCGAGUCGGAGGCAUCCAACCAGGUAGUCCUGCAGACUUGUGCCAGCUGCGUGCAGGUGAUGAGAUCGUGUCUGUUGGUGGGCACAGGGUGGCAGAGAUGAGCCACGGCCAGUGGAAGGGCACGAUGACCUCUGCCCUGCAGAAGGGCAGUCUCACCAUGGACGUACAGCGCUAUGGUCCAACUGAUACCAGCAGAGAGACAACGAUGGUGAAACUGGCCCAGCUCAACGGACAAGAGGGGGUGACCUCUAAAAGCACGAAGGGAGGUUUUCGGGACGAUCCUCUGGCUAUCAGAAGUAAAGGCGGAUCGGCGUCGGCAAUAUCUGAUCUCCAGGUACCGUCCCUCAGCACCUCCUCCUCCAGUUGGUCCUGGGACCCCGAGGAAGAGAGGAGGAGGCAGGAGAAGUGGCAGGAGGAGCAGGAGCGCCUCCUACAGGAGAAGUACCGUGAGGACCAGGAGAGGCUGGAUGCUGAGUGGCAGCAGGCCCAGGAGGAGGCAGGAUACAGACAGGCUGAGGUGACCCCUGAUCCUCUACCGUCCAGAGGCAUCGUGGGAAAUGUAGUCCCUUGUGUCGACUCAUCCGCACCGAACACGGAGAGCGCAGGAGAGAUGACCAAUGGGAUCGCUAGCCUUGCCAGUCCUCAGCCGGUCUUGAGCCAGCCCAUGCCCCCUGUUGCCCAUGUGGCAUCCAAUCAAAAGAAGGAAGUUGUUUUUGACGGGGGAAGAAGGGAGGAGCCUCAUCCUCAAGAAGGGAGGAGCUUGGAAGAGGAGACUGGUGGACUGGCAGAAGGAGAUACUUGGUCUGGGGACUCCUAUGGUUUCACCCAGCUAUCUAUAGCUGACAGGAUGAAAUCCAAGUCCUUCCCGUCGCUGGAGGGUUUCCACAGACAGGAAGUGAAAGGCGUUACCGGGGAGGUCGCU